GUAUUGGAAUCACUUUGCGAGGGUUGUUGAUUUGACAGAUACCUAUCUAUUGCAAUGCAAUAAAACUUAAUACUUAUUAGUUAUUUCGUAAAAUUUAAUGUAGAAAUAGAACCCUCAUUGAGUAAAUUACAUUUCCAUAAGUUCUUAUCGUAAUCGCAUUUUAGUGGCGUAUUAUAGGUAUCUAUUGUCAGGUGCUAAAAAAUGAUGUACUGAGACUACGGAACAGGCUUUUUUUUGCUAACGAUGUCCGCAAAAAGACAGGCAGAGAAUCACCUGGGGCCUGACAAUUGGGACCAAGAAGAGGCAGCAGAACCGGAGGAAGAUGGUGGUUUUAAAAUGGCUCCAAAAGAAGUUCUUGAGAAACGUGUAAUACGAACCGCAAAACGGCGGUCACUAGCUACGGGUGAUGUGGCACCAAAACCCAUCUUCAGUGGAUUUAGUGGAUUCAACAAAACACAAAAGCCAUCUUUUGAUUUCCUAGCUAAUUUAACAAAUGGAAGCAAAUCUAAUAAUGAAUCAUCAACACUCAAAAGUGACACAGCAUCAGUUUCAUCUAGUUCUAUGAUCACUAAGCCAGCAAGUAGUCCUAGCAGUGGAAUCUUCAGUUUGUCAGGAACAACAACACCUAUUACAAAAUCAGCUUUCGGCCAGCCAACAUCAGAAUCUACAAUAUUUGGUGAAACUGGAUCCACCACUGCUUUUACACAAUCUGUAUUUAGCUCUUCAAAGCCAGAUUCAACAGUAAAUGAUAGUCCAUUUAAAGGACAGUCUUCAGUUCAAAGUUCCACACCCUUUACGAACUUUGCCAUGAAAUCAAAUGCAACCUCAGAAAAACCAAUCUCUCAAGUCUCUUCUACCUUGUUUGGAGUGCCCUCUGCAAAUGUUAAUAAUAACAACUCCCCAUUUUCAACCAAAACUAAUAAUCUAACUGGAUUUAAAACAACUGUUACUAGUUCUCCACAGUCUACUGAAGUUAAUGAACCAGUGAAAAACUCAGCUGUUAAAGAUGAAAAAGAGUUAGUUUAUUACAAUAAUCUGAAGGGUUUAAACGAGUCUGUAUCAGCGUGGAUUAAAAAACAUGUUGAAGAGACACCUUUGUGUAUUUUGACUCCAAUAUUUAGAGAUUAUGAAAAACACCUAAAAAAUAUCCAGGAUGAAUAUGAAAAAAGUAAAGAACCUUUAUCUAAAAAUAUAUCAGAUACAAAAGAGGAUAACAAAGUAGCUAAAAGUCCAGCUACAUCUGGAAACACCUUAGGCUCCACGCUAUUUUCUAAUAACUCUGCAUCCACUAAUUCUGUAUUCUCAAGUCCAAGCUCUAAAAGCUCAACAUUAGAGAAAACAUCCAACUUUACCUUUGGAAUUAAUACUCCUACUACUACAUCUGCUAAUAAUUUAGCAACUGUUGCAACACCAAGCACAGGUUUUUCUUUUGGGAUAAAACCAUCAAGUACUAAUACUUCCUCAUUUGUUAAUAACACAACCACAAGUGCUAAUAAUGGUAGUGCUACAUCUGCUAAUACUGCAACACCGAGCACAGGUUUUUCGUUUGGGAUAAAACCAUCAAAUGCUAAUACUUCUCCAUUUGCUACCAGCACAACCACAAGUGCUAAUAAUGGCGCGCCCAGCACUUCGCCGUUUACUGCCAACACAACAAGUGCUAACAACAGUAGUACUCCAUUCUCAUUUGGUAUUGGAAAACCAUUUGCUUUUAAUUCAAACAUAAAGAAAAGUGAUGAAGCUUCCAAUGAAGGUGAAGAUAAUGAAGAUGAACCCCCAAAAGUGGAAUACACACCAAUUGCAGAAGAUAAUAGUGUAUAUGACAAAAAGUGCAAGGUGUUUGUGAAGAAAGAUGGCAACUUCAUUGAUAAGGGUGUUGGCACACUUUACAUUAAGAAAAUAGAAGAGACUGGCAAAUAUCAACUGUUAGUUAGAGCGAACACAUCUUUGGGCAAUGUUUUAAUCAAUAUGAUAUUGAGUUCAUCAUUACCUAUUCAGCGUAUGGGUAAAAAUAAUGUUAUGAUGGUCUGCAUGCCUACUCCAGACUCAAAGCCCCCACCAACAUCUAUUCUUCUAAGAGUGAAAACUUCAGAAGAUGCUGAUCAGCUACUUGAUACUCUAAAUAAAUACAAGGCAUAAUUUAUUGACACAAUAUUCUACUUGACGAUAAGUUGAUUUGUAAGUGGAAGAAAUUUUAGACUACCUUCAGUGUUGGGAUGCUUUUAGGUCCUAGAUGUACAAAAUUGUUUUGAGUAUAAAUCAUCAAUUUGAGAUUUUGCAAAUUCAUUCCAAUUAAUCAAUUUAUGAUUAUUAUAAUGAUUAAUGCCUAUUAAGAACAAUUUUGUACAAUCACAAAGCGAAACUGAAUGUUUUUAACAACUAGUGUUGCUUAAUGUUACAAAAUAAUGACAUUCCUGUAUAAUGUAUAUGAUUGUUAUAUACAACAGAUAUACCAUGGUGUCCGCUCACUCAUUCA